GGCAGGAAGUGACUUCCAGCGCCUUUCCCACUUCCUGCGAUGCAAGGAUGCAUAUUGUUUGGAAGAUCCGUGGCCUUUUACAGACAAAAUAGGCUCUUUAAAAUAUUCCAAUUGAAACAAAAUUGUGGACAGUCGCGCGGAGCAAAAUGAAUUAUAUGCCGGGAACAGCUAGCCUCAUCGAAGAUAUCGAUAAGAAGCACCUCGUUCUACUGCGAGACGGCAGAACGUUGAUCGGAUUUCUGAGAAGCAUCGACCAGUUUGCAAAUCUGGUUUUACAUCAAACCGUGGAAAGAAUACACGUCGGCAAGAAAUAUGGCGACAUUCCGAGAGGAAUAUUCAUAGUCCGAGGAGAGAACGUAGUUCUUCUGGGAGAGAUCGACCUGGAGAAGGAGUGUGACACAGUCUUAAAGCAAGUGUCCAUCGAGGAGAUCCUGGAGGAACAGCGGGCACAGCAGCAAGCUAAGCUGGAGGCAGAGAAAGCCAAGCUGCAGGCACUGAAGGAGAGAGGACUCUCGGUUCCCAGAGCAGACGUAUUGGAUGAAUACUGAGACAAACAACGCACUUUUUUCUUUUAGUUUUUCUAAACAUAUUUAUGCUUAAGCUGACAUUCUGACAAACCUUCAGGUUGGUGUUGGGGAAACUAAAGACAAUGAUGGUUGAGAAUUUUGUUCUGAAAAUUGAAUCUUUAUUUUUUUUAUUUUUGUGUGGUCAGGUUGCAGUUAAAUUUGAAUGGGAAAUAUGUAUAAACCACAAUCCUAUUGGCACAUUUAGAUGUGUGAAGCCAUCUUGGGGCCUGAGGUCCUGAAAAAGAAGCACUUGUUUUUGCUGGUUUAGUUAUUUUCAUUGUUACUUGGUCAAAAAUAAUGAGCUUGAUUUAUAGUGAGAAUUUUAUUUUAACAGCUCUCUGAAGAUGGCCUGAUGGCUUGUUUUAGUUGCUGCUUAUAUCGAAAGAGAUAAAUACCAGGUAAAUUACUGGAAACAUUUUUGUUCUAUUAAAUAUUGGUUUUUAAAUUUUGUUAUUCAAA